AUGUCUGACGACUGGUCGGUGAUAGUCGAACAAACGGGCGCUCAAGCACCAGCACCGCUUGAUUUGCCGGAGCCUAAGCUGUUCAAUAAAUGGAGCUUACAAGAUGUGGAUGUCAGUGACAUUUCACUGGUGGAUUACAUUGGAGUGAAGGAGAAAUAUUCCAAAUAUCUUCCUCACACUGCUGGACGGUAUCAGACGGUGCGUUUCCGCAAGGCCGGAUGUCCAAUUGUUGAACGUCUGUGCAAUUCGAUGAUGAUGCAUGGCCGGAACAACGGCAAAAAACUGAUGACAGUUCGCAUUGUGAAACAUGCUUUUGAAAUUAUCCAUCUUCUUAGUGGUGAGGUAAGAGUCUGUUAUGUUUUAGCGAGUUUUGUCUUAGCCAACGCCGCCGCAGUUGUUAAAAAUGGUUGCUGGUUGAGGACACUAGAGAAGGCAGACAAUAAACUGGUGCUCAAGGGAUCGAGCUCAGGGUUUUUUUUUUGCAAAAUACGCUCCUCCUUGCCUUUCCCCCUGGGUUUCCUUCACUAA